AUGGCUUCAAAGUUCAUCCUCGUCUCCUUCAUCGGCCUAGUUGCUGCGCAACAAGACAUCCCAGCAACUAUGUCAGUCCCAUGGAUCGGCGACAUCUUCGAAGGCUCAGUUUUGCCGAACAUGGUCGGCUCCGUUGUCACCGCGAAUCCCACCGCUACGACUCUUGCACUCGCCUGCGCUACCUCCAUCGACUGUGGUCUCUUUCCAGCCGAAACCCUCGUCUUCGGUCCUUCGACUUGGAAUCUCAACAUGGGAGACCCAAGCCCGGAGUCCGACUUUACCGCUACAAUGGACUGCGAGAUCAUGCCCGAAAGCGCGAUAUGCAAAGAGACGGCUGGCGGAACCGAGGCCAACUUUCCCGGCAGCAGCACAGAGCCAUACAGUGGCUCAGCUGUAGGCACGUUUGAAUUGGUGAUCACGGCUGGUGUAGAGAAACUCAGCCAGGCCACGGAAGCUACUACCACUGACGCUGCGACAUCCACCGCUACUUUGUACAAAUCACAUCCGAUGUCUGGAUUUGUGGAAGAGAUGAGUGCUAGUACAGGUGUUGCAGCGAAUUCUGGAAGUGUGAGCCAAACUGCCAGUGCCGCUGCGGCAGAUGCUACUGGCGCUGCCAAUCCUAAGAGUGUGGUCGGUGGUGGUGGUCUUCUUAGCAUCGCUGCUGGUGUAAUCGGAGGCCUGUUGCUAUGA